CUGCCACGCUGCCGUGUGCUCGCGCUGUAGCGCUCGCAGUCUCGCCCUCGUGGUCUCCUCACCUCGCUGCCUUCCCGCGUCGGCGUCGCCGCCCUCCCCCGUGUAAGAACCGACACCUGAGCACGCACGCCUCCGCCCCGCAUUCGUCAACCUCUCCGCUUUGCCUCGACCGGCUCGCAUCCGCGUUCCCUCGCGGCCUCCAGAUCUCGAUGCGGCGCGCGCUCCCCUGACACACACCCGGCUUCGCUUCGCGGCGCGGCGCGGCGCGGGCGCCACCAUGUCCGCCUGCGACGACGACCACGCCUCGCUCCUCAGAUCCCACGCGUCCGGCGCGCCGCUGCCGCCCUCCUGCCCCUCGCCGCGCGGCGGGGCGGCGGGGCACCAGCAGCAGCAGCACCACGCCGACGUCGAGGCCGACGAGGCCACCGUCACCGCCUCCCCGAGGCGCGCCGGCGGCGUGCGCGGCCUCCUGCGCCACCUCGAGCGCCGCAUGUCCGCGCGCGGAUCCGGGCACGGGCGCCGCCCGCACCAGCAGCACUACCAGCAGCUCGACCGCCCCGUGCUGGCCGAGCAGCCGUCGCAGCGGCAGUGGGAGAGGCCCGACGCGGGGGAGGACGACGAGCUCGGGGACGGCGCCCCGCCCGAGUGGGCGCUGCUGCUCAUCGGCUGCCUCCUCGGCCUUGCCACCGGCAUCUGCGUCGCCGCGUUCAACCGCGGGGUUCAUGUCAUCCAUGAAUGGGCAUGGGCAGGUACUCCCAACGAAGGUGCAGCUUGGCUCCGCCUUCAGAGGCUAGCUGAUACGUGGCACAGGAUAUUAUUGAUCCCGGUGACCGGAGGUGUGGUUGUAGGAAUGAUGCAUGGGUUGCUCGAGGUAUUUGAGCAGCUAAAACUUGUGAAAUCAGGGCAGAGGCAAGGGAUCAACUUUCUUGGAGCAAUCUUCCCAACCGUAAAGGCUAUCCAGGCUGCUGUUACUCUAGGGACUGGCUGUUCAUUGGGCCCUGAAGGUCCUAGUGUGGAUAUUGGCAAGUCAUGCGCAAAUGCAUGCUCAGAAAUGAUGGAGAAUAACCGGGAAAGACGGAUUGCCCUUGUUGCUGCUGGUGCCGCUGCUGGCAUCGCAUCAGGCUUCAAUGCAGCUGUUGCUGGGUGCUUCUUUGCCAUUGAAACUGUAUUGAGGCCCCUUAAAGCAGAAAAUUCACCUCCAUUUACAACUGCAAUGAUAAUAUUGGCAUCUGUUAUAUCAUCCACUGUAUCAAAUGUUUUGCUUGGAGCAAGACCAGCUUUUAUAGUGCCAGCAUAUGAGCUAAAAUCUGCUGCAGAGCUACCCCUGUAUCUCAUCUUAGGAAUGCUCUGUGGAGCAGUCAGUGUGGUAUUUGACCGACUGGUAGCGUGGUUUUCAAGGUUAUUUGGGCGGAUAAAGGAAAAGUUUGAUUUUCCUAUUAUAGUGUACCCUGCUUUGGGUGGGCUGGGGGCAGGCCUCAUAGCUCUGAAAUAUCCAGGGAUUUUAUACUGGGGUUUCACAAAUGUUGAAGAAAUAUUGCAUACUGGGAAAAGUGCUUCUGCUCCUGGUAUCUGGUUGUUAACUCAACUCGCAGCUGCAAAGGUAGUUGCAACCGCCCUCUGCAAGGGCUCUGGCCUCGUGGGAGGGCUAUAUGCUCCAAGCCUGAUGAUUGGGGCUGCUGUUGGAGCUGUAUUUGGAGGCUCAGCUGCUUAUUUAAUAAAUUCAGCUAUACCUGGUAAUGCUGCUGUUGCACAGCCACAGGCCUAUGCUCUGGUUGGAAUGGCUGCAACACUAGCUUCAGUUUGUUCAGUGCCAUUGACUUCAGUGUUGCUUCUCUUUGAGCUGACGAAGGAUUACAGGAUUUUGCUUCCUCUCAUGGGAGCGGUUGGGUUGGCAAUAUGGGUUCCUUCUGUAGUAAACCAACCAAAUGACAAUGAGCCUUCUGGUUUUAGAACACCAAGACGAGGGUAUUCUUCAGUUUCAUCAGAAGAUAGAAAUGGCAGCUCGAAGCGAGCUGAUGUUGCGGAUGACCUCGAACUCAGUAUCAUACAAAGUGAUGUUAAUAAUUAUGGAACUUAUAAUGAAGAAAUGCUUCUGGAUGAUUUGAAGGUCUCCCAGGCCAUGUCAAAACUUUAUGUCAAAGUAUUGCCAUCUGCAACAGUAACAGAAGCUUUUAAGCUAUUGCAUGAUAAUCAGCAAAAUUGUGCCCUUGUUGUGGACCCUGAAGAUUACCUUGAAGGGAUUAUUACAUUAGGGGAUAUUCGGCGCAUGGGAUUUGAAUUACAUGAGGAAAGCUUCAUUGAUGGAGACUACCCCAAGACUGAUAACUCAUCCUCCAUUUCGUCACUUGUUACGCGAGGUUUUCAGUAUCAGGGGAGUGAACGUGGAUUGUUAACAUGCUUUCCAGAUACUGAUUUGACCACUGCGAAAAAUCUUAUGGAGGCCAGAGGGAUAAAGCAGCUGCCUGUAGUUAAGCGUGGUGUUGGCCAUAGAACUACAGGAAAGCGCAAGCCAAUUGCCCUUCUACAUUAUGAUUCUAUUGGUUCCUGCCUGCGGUUAGUCAUAAGCUUAUAUCCUUUCUCUCAAUCCUUGCAGUUCUUUGUUUUAUUGAACUGACCAUAUACCAAAGAAUGGCUUGUUAAUAAUACGACUAUGAUGGGGCAUUUAUUCAUUCUAUUGUCAAGGGAGGAAACUGUAAACUGAAUACCAUACAUAAGAGAUAAGAAGACUCCCCAAUCUUAUAGCAGUUUAACCUACGGUGCCCUAUGGUACGGCAGAAGCAAGGGAUUACUUCAAGACAUCUCUACGAAAGGCAGUUUAACCUGUAUCGUUUAGAUGCCAUUUACUGUAAUCGUAAGGGAAGCUGCACGGGCAAAGCCUGACAAACUUUGCAAAUACUUCCUGUUUCUGCCGUUUUCAUGUGGUAUUCCUGCCUGAAACGGGAGAGGGGUGUAGUAUGGAUGUAGAGUAAGAAGGCGGUACUUUUUACCCUCGUACUGCCUGUAGUAAAUUGUAAGCUGUAGCACAGCCUGGUCUCACUUCUUUUUGCUGUGAAGCAGCAUAUAUAUACGCUCCAGUGUGAUCACACGAGAAAAAACUGCUUGUGUAGUAGAAUCCUCAAGAUGUAAGAUAAAGAGAGGCUUCCUCGAUCCUCAUGUAUUGACA